AUGUCCCUCAGCGGCAGCUCGGGCCCCAGCCCCCCCUGGAGGAACAACAGCUUCACCCUGGGGACCGGCAGAGACCCUCCUCUGUCCGACCAGGGAGAGACCAUCAUCGGAGUCUACCUGCUGCUGCUGGGUUGGUUGUCCUGGUUUGGAAACAGCAUCGUCCUCUUCGUCCUCUACAGACAGAGGAAGACGCUGCAGCCCACCGACUACCUGACCUUUAACCUCGCCAUCUCCGACGCCAGCAUCUCGGUGUUUGGAUACUCCAGAGGCAUCAUCGAGAUCUUCAACGUGUUCCAAGACAGCGGCUACCUUAUCUCCUCCAUCUGGACCUGCCAGGUGGACGGUUUCUUCACGCUGGUGUUUGGUCUGAGCAGCAUCAACACUCUGACCGUGAUCAGCGUCACGCGCUACAUCAAAGGAUGUCACCCGAGCAGAGCUCGUCAUAUCACUGUGUCCAGUGUCUCUGUGAGUCUCCUGCUCAUCUGGAUCACAGCUGGAUUCUGGUCUGGAGCUCCGGUGCUCGGUUGGGGCAGCUACACAGAUCGUGGGUACGGGACGUGUGAGAUCGACUGGGCCAAAGCGAGCUACUCCAGCGUCUACAGGUCGUACAUCAUCUCCAUCUUUAUCUUCUCCUUCUUCAUCCCCGUGCUGGUCAUGCUCUUCUGCUACGUGUCCAUCAUCAACACGGUGAAGCGAGGGAACGCCAUGUCAGCAGAGGGCGACCUGACCGACCGCCAGAGGAAGAUCGAGAGAGACGUCACCAUCGUUUCCAUAGUGAUCUGUACGGCCUUCAUCCUCGCCUGGUCUCCCUACGCCGUGGUGUCCAUGUGGUCGGCCUGGGGCUUCCAUGUGCCCAACCUCACCAGCAUCUUCACCCGCCUCUUCGCCAAAUCGGCCAGUUUCUACAACCCGCUCAUCUACUUCGGACUCAGCUCCAAGUUCCGCAAAGACGUGACCGUGCUGCUGCCCUGCGCACGGGACGCCAAGGACACGGUCAGGUUGAAGCGCUUCAAGCCAAAGGCCGACGGCCGCGCUGCUGCUGCAGGAGGAGGAGCCAGACUCAAAGUUCCUCUUGACCAGGCGGACAAGAAGUACACCCCGGCGUGCCAGGCCAAAGCCAGCCCCCCCUGCACGCCGCCGCCCGUCAACAAGGAGGUGUUCUUCAUCGACCUGCCGAGGCCGUCUGAGGCCGGCUCCGAGUACGAGUGUGACCGGCUCUGAUGGACGCGGCGGCUGGUCGA